GAAUAAUGUUUCACUUGCGUUUCAUCGGUUGUCAGUGCUGCCGCUUUUUUUCUUCCAAAACAUUGAAUUUUCGGGAUUUUCAGUGAAUUUCCUCAAAACAGGACUCCAAGGAGGAUUCUCUGCCACCGGAAAUAUCAGCCAACCCUCCGAGAUGGAGUACGACUUGAAGACUUCCGGAGGGAUUAUGCAGGCCAUUCAGGAGCUGAUAAAGCCACCAGAUGAAGAUGGAACGAAGACGAAUAAAAAGACUCAACAUCCGUACUACAAGCGUCCUGGCAGGGGGCACAAUCAUGAUUCCUGCGAUGCAUGCCACGAAGGUGGGAAGCUUAUUUGCUGCGACAAAUGCCCAUCGAGCUUCCAUCUUGGUUGCCAUGAUCCUCCACUUCAGGAGGAGGACAUUCCCGUUGGGCAGUGGCUUUGUCACACAUGCCGCAUGACUCAGAGACCAGGUUCGUCGAAGAGUGAUCCUGAUCGUGGGAGCAAAGGUGAGAGUGCAGCUGAAACAUCCCGACCAUCAUCCCCGGGUGAUGUGGAACGCACAGAGCCAAAGGAGGCGCCUCAGAUUAAGAGAAUCUGCAAGAGGAGCACUUCCCGGACGUCAGUGUCGAGUGAUUCAAGUGCCAAGGAGCGUGUGCAGCAGCAGAAACUCCCGGAAUUGCCGGCAAAGAAACUCACACCAAUGGAGGAAUUAGUUCGGGCUGCGAGUAUCCUCAAUCCGCGACAAUUUGAGCUUCCGCGUGAAAUGGAGAUGCACCAUCAAUUCCCAGGGGAUGAUAAGUACGAACCCUCGCAGAAGAAUGGGAAUGGGAAGAAGAUUCAGCGUCGCACGAAGCCUCAUGAGCUCGAUGCAAAUGGAUUGGUUCCACUGCCCGCGAGGACGUGCUUCACGUGCCGGAAGUCAUGCAAGAGAGCCCCCCUCGUGGCGUGCGACUUCUGCCCACUUUUCUUCCACAUGGACUGCCUGGAUCCACCGCUGGCGGCUCUCCCGACAGGCGUGUGGAUGUGCCCAAAUCACGUGGAGCACUUUGUUGACUGGAAGCUGGCGCACAGUGACUCCCACACUGAACGCGUCAAGUUGUGGUCAAAAUUCGAAGGUCCUGUGGAUCAGGAAACCAUCAAAGCGCAAUUCCUGCGUCGUGCGUACAGCCGCAACCCACCGUUUCGGGUUAAAUUGAAGCCCAAGCCGCGAAUGGUGGCUGAAAUCCCCGAGAUGAUUGUUCAUCACUACAGGAAUCCACCGCAGCUCCUCCCAUCCCUGCGGAGCGUUAUGCGGUACGAAUCAGUGCGGAAGAGGAUCAAAGAGGAGCCUCAUGAUGAGGAGGAAGUGACGAAAAUCUUUACAAUUGACGACGAUCUCGAGGCUCUCUCCAAGGCAAUUGAGGCGGAUGAAAAGCAAUCAGAGACUGUGGAAGAUGUUGAGAUAAAGGAGGAGGUUGAGGAGGAUUCCAAGGAGGGCGUUAAGGAGGAAAAAAGUCAAGAUCCCGAGAAGAUUGAGAAGGAAUUGAGUCACUUGGAUAGUAAUCUCAUCAAAAUGCUCGCCUAUCAGCGCCUGCAGCAGAUCAUGAGUGAGAAUCCUGAUCUAAUUGGACGUGUGCACUACAGGAAUGUCGCCAAAUCCAUCCGGGAGGUGUCCCGGACGAACCCCUUGAAGGGAAAACCCCUCCCCAGUGAACUCCUCUCAUCGAGCGACAUUGCACGCAUUGCCAGCCUCUUUGAGUCACCUUUCAGGGAGGAUAAGUCGAAGAUUUAUGAGAUGAUCUACGGGCAUUCGGCACCAGAAGAGAAUCUCGUGGCACCAGGACGUUGGAGGGAUCCUCUGGCGCAGGAGAAGAUCCGCGCGAGGGCAGUUCUCACGCCUGUUGGGGAUAUUCUGUACGGUAUGAAGUGGAGCUCUAGCUAUUCUCUCUCCGGGGGCAUUUUUAUGCGAUACAGGAAACUUACUAUUGGCUCCGGAGCAGGAUGUGAUGUUCUCUUGGAGAAUUUUGGGCACUGCCGGCAGACAUCGCAGAAGCACGCUGUGAUCUUCUUUGAUGAUGCCACGCAGCAAUUUGAAUUGCUCAACUACUCGGAAUUCGGGACGGAAGUUAAUGGGCAAUUCUACUCGUUGGACUUUACGGAGCAUCCCCUCAGUACGGAAGAGCAGGCGGCAAAGAGACGAAGAUCCCCAGAGCUUCCACUCGAAGAGACAACAAAAAAGAAGACAAAGCGUCGGAAGAAGCCCAAGAAGGAGCCCGAAAGGGAAACGGAGAGCAAUGUAAAUGAUGAGGAUAUUGAGAAUCUGGUCAGGUGUGUCAUUGACAGGAAGCGUGGCAUCAAGAGGCAUCAUCUCAGAGUGGAUGAAAGUGCAAAAAUGGCAGCUCCUGAACAAUAUCCCUGCAACUGCACGAGUCGUGUUCCCCUCAAAGCUGGCUGGGAGGGUUCUGCAAUCCUCAAGCACGGCUACCUCCUACGCUUUGGCUGUCUGGCCUUUGUCUUUUCCAUCAUUGAUGCCGAUGGAGAGAUGGAUGAGGAUUAGGGAGGAUGUUUCAGAGUGUGUGUCGCUACAACAUGUUCGAUUUUAGAUAAAUUUUAGCAGUCUUUCGUCUUCUGUGGAAUAUCCUUGGAACAUCCAUGGAUCUGUAGACAUUUCAGGGGAUAUUUCAACGGAAGAUGAAGGGAAAUAUGUACAAGUUGUCCCCUCUUCUUAAUUUUUUCAAUAAAUAUAACUCUUUAUGUGAAA